AUGGCGGCCCCCAUCAAACUCGAAUACCAGGGCCGACUGGCCAUCAUCACAAUUGACAACGAAAAGAAGCUGGGCGCGCUGGACCAGAGCGGCUACUAUGCCAUUGCGCGGUCGCUGCAGGAGAUUGCGACGCACGACGAGGUGUUUAUCACGUUGUUGAUUGGCAAGGGGCGGUAUUUUUCUGCCGGCGCCGACGUAACCGCCCAACGCCCCACCACCACCACAGACUCCUCCCCAGAUUCCCACCACUUCUGGCUCCAAAACUUCGCCGCCCUCAACCUCAACACCGCCCGGGCCUUCUACACCCACCCGAAAAUCCUCAUCUCCGCCCUCAACGGCCCCGUAGUCGGCCUCACCGCCGCCCUAAUCGCCAUGUCCGAUUUCAUCUACGCCGCUCCCCACACUUUUUUGCUCACCCCCUUCAGUUCGCUAGGCCUGGUAGCCGAGGGCGCGGCGUCCCGCGCGCUGGUGCAGAGGUUGGGUGUGGCUAGAGCGAAUGAGGCGUUGAUUAUGAGUAGGCGGAUUACGUGUGGGGAGUUGGUGCAGGCGGGGUUUGUUAAUAAGGUUUUUGAUGUUGGUAGUUCUAGUACCAGUGCUGGGCCCCAGGAAGACAAGUUCCGGACGGCGGUGUUAAAGGAGAUUGAUGAGCGGUUGGGGGAGCAUUUGGUGGGUGAGAGUUUGUUGGGGAUCAAGAAGUUGAUUCGGCGGCCGGAGUUGGACGUGAUGGAGGCGCAGAAUGUGGCCGAGGUGUUUGCGGGGUUGGAUCGGUUUGUUACGGGGGUGCCGCAGGAGCAGUUUGCGGCUAUUGCGUCGGGGAAGAAGAGGCACAAGUUGUAG